AUGAAGCUCCUUCCCAUCUUGGCAUCCGCGUUGGCGGUUGCAGACUUUGCCGCUGGCGUGCCGACGUCAACGGACGCCAACAAGAGCAGCAACAGCAACAAGAACAACAACAGCACCGUGGACAAAAAUUACCUCUUGAUCAUCAAAGACGGAAACAGCAACAAGAACAAAAACUACCUCUUGACCAUCGAAGACAGCAACAGCACCUUGAAAAACAAUGACAAUGACACCUUGAUCAACAAGGACAGCAACGGCACCAACGGCACCAUCGAGGACAGCGAGAGCGAAAUGAGGAGCAAGCGCGCAGAACUCGAAGAUCCCAUCCCCGGGCACGUCCAGAUAAAUGACACGGAGGCAGAGAGAUUCGUCGCCAACAAUUCUAUUCUCCGUACAGCCCAGGGAAUGCCCUUGCCCAUGCCCUUGCCCAAGGACGUCUUCAAUGAGUUCAAGUGCAUCGGGUCUAACCACAAGAAUUCCCCCCGAAUGAGCUUGCAGUUCAAGGGAUACUGCGAGGAGGAAUACGGGCGGUGCUUCCUUAGAGCUCUGCGGGAAUAUGGAACCCUCGUCCAUAACUGGCAGUGCUGGAAGCGCGACGACGGGUGGUGGCAGGUUGAUUACACCCAUCUCCUCGGCGAUAGUUACCUUGGCCUUCCUCGUGGUAGCGAUCCUGUGUUGAACGCCGCGCUUGCUCAGGUCAUCGGAUACGACCCACACUGCACAUUAAAAUAG